AUGCAAUUCACUCUGCUCCUCUCCGCUCUGAUGGCAAUGGUCAUCUCAACCCUGGCCCUCCCUACUGGCGACACUCGUCUCGCUCAACUUCGCCUAUUCGGCGAACCCGGCUGCUACAAUGAAAAUAUGGGCGAACUGGGCAUUUACCGAUCGGCUCUCAACCAAUGCAAAACCUUCCCCGGUAAUCAAACCAUCGAGUCCGUCAGCUUUGAAUACAAUGUCGCCGGCUGUGGUGUGCAAAUCUUCACCGAAGACAACUGCUCAGCCGGUCAGCACAACGUCACCCUGGGACAAUGCCUCCAAGGCGACGCCGAAUAUGUCAGCUACAAGUUGGUGUGCAACUAG